GGUAUCUUCAACUCAACGUGUCGAAAGCCAUGUCGAAUACGCGGGUGUUGCGGGUUUCUUCAACCCGCGAUGUUUGCAUAUUCUGCACUACCCGACAAUUCACGGUCGAUGGGAUUAAUUAUAUCCCUCUAACUACAUUUCCAGCUCGAUCCCAGCGGAGACAUCUCAAUUCGUCGAGCAAAGCCCCUCAGUAUGCUGCCGAAGGCCAAGUCUUCCGCGAGGAGCCUCAGCGCAUGACGCAGGCCGAAAGAAUGCGACAGCAGAUGAUGGCGAACCCUAGAUACACCGCUUCCCGUCAGCAGACAACUUAUGUCUCACCAGCGGAGAGAGCGAGAGCUGCACUACAAGCUGCGCACCCGGCAAGAGUGCAGGCGCAAUCGCAGCGACAGGGUCUGCAAGAUCAAUUUCCAAGAGCUCCUGUCAACAUGGUGAGGAGAGUCAUACCUGGGGGUGACCCUCUGCGAAAUACUCGUUACCGAGUCAAUAUGGAUUCGAGAGGACCUCCAGUUUCCAGCACACCCGAAUUUGGUUCUGUAGGGCACCUGAGGCGAAGAAACAACCCUCAGGCUAAAACGGCCUGGAAUGCUGCGCCGAGUCGAGAAUUACCACAGCCCAUGAGUACCCAACCCACGAAGCGGAAGUGGGCCCAGGGAGACCUAGAGCAAAUGCUAGGAGCGAACUCAAACCUGCCAAGAAGAGAGCUCCCAAGGUCUCACAUCCCUCUGACGAGAAAAAUGAGUACGCCGAUGAAAUGCUUCCAUUGCGGGCAGCAGGGUCACCGGACCCAAGAUUGUCUUCUGAAACCUGUUGUCAGGCAGCCGGAACCCGCCCAGCAGCGAGAAGGCGCUCUGGCAGACGCAGCAGAGGCCUGGAUCCGCAAGCAACGUACCAGGUCAGAUGAGCCGUUAAGUGCUGAGCAAGCGCGGUACGAGGAGGAAGGGAGGCGGCGUGACACGAGCAUGUCUGAUAGGAGGAGGAGUCGCUUCGUUAUGGAGGAUGAAAUUGACUUGGAAUCUAGAGGGGCCCGCAACCAAUAUGAAGAGCCCGAACCGCGCCGACGAGGGAAAGUUGAACGCAGAGGUCGCGGCCGCGUGAUGCAAGCGGAAGAUGAGGAUUUAGAAGAAGAGUACACGAAUAAGGCUGAGCGAAAACGACAGCGGAAAGAAGCGAAGAAGAGAGCUCAAUUAGAAAAGGCGGAGCCAACUCCUGUCUAUCUACCAGAGUAUAUCAGCGUCGCAAAUCUUGCUUCCGUGCUUAAGAUGCGCGUUGAAGAUUUCGUCAAGAAACUUGAAGACCUGGGCUUCGAGGAUGUGCAGAACGAUCAUAUUCUCAACGCGGAACACGCCGGUCUGAUUGCCCAGGAGUACAACUUUGAACCUAUCAUUCAGGCCAAGGGCGAGGAUGGCGAUAUAUAUGCUGCGCCUGCGCGUAGCCCCGAAGACUAUGCCAAACUACCUCCUCGGCCACCUGUUGUGACGAUUAUGGGUCAUGUCGACCACGGAAAAACCACAAUUCUGGACUACAUCCGCAAAUCGAGCGUUGCUGCAACCGAGUUUGGUGGUAUUACCCAGCAUAUUGGAGCCUUCAGCGUUCCUUUAGUCUCAGGAAAGAAAAUCACGUUCCUCGACACUCCCGGUCACGCCGCAUUUGAAACCAUGCGCGCGCGUGGAGCUAACGUUACAGACAUUGUCGUUCUCGUCGUUGCUGCUGACGAUUCUGUAAUGCCCCAGACCAUCGAAGCCAUCAAGCAUGCACAAGCCGCCAAAGUCCCUAUCAUCGUUGCCAUAAACAAGAUCGAUAAAGAGCAAGCGCACCCUGAUCGCGUGAAGCAAGAUCUCGGCCGUCAUGGAGUUGAAGUUGAGGAGUAUGGUGGCGAUGUUCAGACUGUCUUAGUCAGCGGAAAGACUGGUCAAGGUAUUCCCGAUUUGGAAGAAGCCAUUUCUCUGCAAUCCGAAGUCUUGGACCAUCGUGCGGAUCCGGAGGCAAACGUUGAGGGAUGGGUUCUGGAAGGUACAACGAAGAAGUCUGGAAAAGUCGCUACGGUACUCGUUCGCAAUGGUACUCUUCGACAGGGAGACAUCCUCGUUGCUGGAACUACCUGGACUCGUGUGAGGGCCCUCCGCAAUGAAGCAGGUGCCGCUGUUAAAGAAAUUGGGCCUGGUAUGCCCGUCGAGGUCGAUGGUUGGCGAGAACAGCCCAUCGCGGGCGACGAAGCCCUGCAAGCUUCCUCUGAGCAACAGGCUGCCCAGAUCGCAGAUCUCAGAACAGAGAAACUCGAACGCUUACAAAUGGCCAAGGACAUGGAGGCUAUCAACGAGACUCGACGUCUCGAAGCCGAGCGCCGCGAAGCCGAUGAAGCCGCCGCAAAAGCCGCCAAAGCUGGAGAGACUAUUCCCGAAGAAGUUCUCAAGAAAGAGAGUGGCCCUGAAAUUGUCAGCUUCAUCGUCAAAGCCGACGUCUCUGGUUCCGCGGAAGCAGUCGUCGACUCUAUUACCGCAAUCGGCAACAACGAAGUCGGCGCCCGCAUUCUCCGCUCUGGCGUUGGCUCACCCUCCGAAUUCGACGUCCAGCACGCAGCAGAUGCGGGCGGUCACAUCGUCAACUUCAAUACCAUCAUUCAACCCAACAUUGCUGCCAUGGCUGAAGGAAAGGGCGUCAAGAUCCUCGACUCAAACAUCAUCUACCGCGUCGUCGAAAACGUCAAGGCCCUCAUGUCGGAAAAACUCUCCCCUAAGAUCACGCAACGCGUAACCGGCGAAGCAGAAAUUGCUGCAGCCUUCGAAAUUGGUCUUGGAGGGAGAAAGAAGCUAAGGGUUGCGGGGAGUAAGGUUAGGAAUGGAGCUGUUGUGAAAGGAACAAAGGUGCGGGUGUUGAGGAAGGAGGAGGUGGUUUUUGAUGGUAUAUUAUCGUCCCUGAAGAGCCAGAAGAAAGACGUCCAUGAGAUGCGCAAGGAUACCGAAUGUGGUAUUGCGUUUGAAGGGUGGGAAGCUUUUGAAGUUGGAGAUAAGUUGCAGUGUUAUGAGGAAAAGAGUGAGAAGAGGACUUUGUAAGUUAGAUAUUUAGGUCUGUAGAAUUUCCUGUCGGAUUCAGAUGUUAUCGCUGGCAUAUAAGGCCGUCCGUGUAAGAGUAAGAAGUAUACAUCAGCUGGGUGGGAAAGUAGGAUUUUCAAAACUCCACUUCUUUAGCUACACUGCUUGUAGACAAUCAUUUUAGGGAAGGGACGUGGAUGGCACCUCUGUAGAGUACAUAUAACUAUGCCGCUGUUGGGCAUGCGCAUCAAC